UCAUCAUUUCAUCUAAUCAAAUUCAAUUCUUAGCUUCAAUUAUAUAUUAACUUCUCCACCCACCUCCCCAACACACCCAACAGUUUCUCCAACUUUUCCCUUUUACUCUUCUUCACCCAACCUUUUUCACAAUCAUGAAGCAGCCUCCUCCCCCUGCUCUGUUUGCUGCUUCUCUUGCCUUCUUCUUCUUCUUCUUCGCCGUUGCCGAUCCCGAUUUGCUUCAAGACGUUUGCGUCGCCGAUCUCGCUUCCGGAAUCAAAGUAAACGGAUUCACCUGCAAAUCGAAUUUCUCAGCAAACGAUUUCUUCUUCGAUGGAUUGGCCAAACCAGGUCUCACCAACAAUACCCUAGGCUCACGAGUAACCGGUGCCAACGUUCAAUCAAUUCCCGGCCUGAACACACUCGGCGUCUCCCUCUCGCGAAUCGACUAUGCUCCCGGCGGCCUGAACCCGCCGCACACGCAUCCACGCGCUACCGAGAUCGUGUUCGUCCUCGAAGGCCAACUCGACGUCGGCUUCAUUACAACCGCCAACGUUCUUGUCUCGAAAUCGAUCAAGAAGGGGGAGAUCUUCGUUUUCCCUAAGGGAUUGGUCCAUUUCCAGAAAAACAACGGCAAGGUUCCGGCGGCGGUGAUUGCGGCGUUUAAUAGUCAGUUGCCUGGUACUCAAUCGAUUGCGGCGGCGCUUUUCGCCGCAUCUCCGCCGGUUCCUGAUAACGUGUUGACGAAGGCGUUUCAGAUUGGGACUAAGGAGGUUGAGAAGAUCAAAUCAAGGCUUGCACCGAAAUAAAUAGAACAAAUCAAUGGAGGUUUUCUGUAAAAUUGAAAUUGAAAGUGAAGAUUGUGUUUGGAAUUUGAUUUCAUUUUGUUGUUCUUCUGAUUGUAUUGUAUUUCUCUCUUUCUUUCACUGAUUGUUUGAAUAAUAAUUGGGAUUUGGGGAUUUGUUUCUCUUUUUUUCCAAUCAUUUUUCAAUGCUUUGAGAACAA